UUGAAUUUGAUAACGACAACAACUAUCUGAUACGACCAAUAACGAUUCACCGAAAAUAAAAUGCUAAUUGCAAAACAAAUACGAAAUUGAAAAAGGUGGUUAACAUUUCAAAAUGGAUCAAAUGCUACCGAGUCCGGGAUUCAGUAUCCCCAGUAUCGGAACACCGGUUCAUCAGCCAGAAGAGGACCAACAGAUUAUGCAAAUGCCUCCGAUGCCGCCCCAAAGUUUGUCAAUGAGCACAAACAAUAUACAAACCCAACAACAACCUAUGCACAGAAUCUAUCAGCAGAACAAUACUGGAUAUGCUACCCCACACAGUAUGAUGCAUUCACAAACACCGGUACAUCAAAGUUCUUCAUCUUCAAUUAUACCUGCAUUACAUACAAUCCAAAAUCCAGCCACUCCAGCUCCGAUGACACCCAUGACACCAUCUUCGGCUGAUCCAGGAAUCGUUCCAACACUACAGAACAUAGUAUCGACGGUUAAUCUGGGCUGCAGGCUCGAUUUGAAAACUAUUGCCUUACAUGCUCGAAAUGCCGAGUUCAACCCCAAAAGAUUUGCUGCGGUCAUUAUGAGAAUACGAGAACCUCGUACAACGGCGUUAAUCUUUAGCUCUGGAAAAAUGGUGUGUACUGGUGCCAAAAGUGAAGAAGACUCAAGACUCGCUGCAAGAAAAUAUGCAAGAAUCAUUCAAAAGCUCAGUUUUCCCGCAAAAUUUUUGGAUUUCAAAAUUCAAAAUAUGGUUGGAAGUUGUGAUGUCAAAUUUCCCAUUCGCCUUGAAGGGUUAGUGCUCACACAUGGCCAAUUCAGCAGUUAUGAGCCAGAGUUAUUUCCUGGUCUCAUUUAUCGUAUGGUCAAGCCACGUAUCGUGUUACUAAUUUUCGUAUCAGGAAAAGUAGUACUUACGGGCGCUAAAGUACGUCAAGAAAUUUAUGAUGCAUAUGAAAAUAUUUAUCCGAUUUUGAAAAGUUUCAAAAAAAACUAAUAGUGUUUUAAGACGAUUAAUUUUUAAUUAUUUUUGAAGACUUAAAUAUUACAAUUCUUAAGUGUUUUGUAUGAAUGUUAUUGUAUCAUUCUUAGCAUAUUUUAUAGUUAAUAACAACAUUCAUGUUUCAUGAAAACGUUUUAAUGUACCUACUGUAGUUUUAAAAGUUAUAAUUAAUUUUUAUCUUUAAGUUUUUUUUGUAAUUUAAAUUAAUGUAAAUAAUUGUCACUGUUGAUCU